AUGUGCCCCUUCUCAUUUGUCCCUGAUGAUGAUUCCUCUGGGAACUGCAGGAGCCAGCCAAAGGUGUUUGCUUACGAUCACUGUUUCUGGUCUUUGGAUGAAUCUGUAAAAGAAAAAUAUGCAGGUCAAGAUGUUGUUUUCAAGUGCCUUGGAGAGAAUAUUCUUCAGAAUGCCUUUGAGGGCUACAAUGCAUGUAUCUUUGCCUAUGGACAGACUGGGUCUGGAAAAUCUUACACAAUGAUGGGUACAGCCGACCAGCCUGGAUUAAUCCCGAGACUCUGCAGUGGUCUCUUUGAAAGAGCACAGAAAGAGGAAAACGAAGAACAGAGUUUCAAAGUGGAAGUGUCCUACAUGGAGAUUUACAAUGAGAAAGUUAGAGAUCUCCUUGACCCCAAAGGAAGCCGUCAGUCAUUAAAAGUUAGAGAGCACAACGUCUUUGGUCCUUAUGUAGAUGGACUAUCUAAACUGGCUGUCGCCAGCUACAAGGACAUAGAGUCUUUGAUGUCAGAAGGUAACAAAUCUCGAACAGUGGCUGCAACCAACAUGAAUGAAGAGAGCAGUCGGUCACAUGCAGUCUUCAAGAUCAUCCUCACACACACACUGUAUGAUGUACAAUCAGGGACAUCAGGUGAGAAAGUGGGCAAACUGAGUCUGGUGGACUUAGCGGGCAGCGAAAGGGCAACUAAGACUGGUGCUGCGGGUGACAGGCUGAAGGAAGGAAGCAACAUUAACAAGUCCCUUACAACUCUUGGGCUGGUUAUUUCUGCUCUAGCGGAUCAGGCUGCUGGCAAGAACAAGAACAAAUUUGUUCCAUAUCGUGAUUCUGUGCUCACUUGGUUACUUAAAGACAGCCUUGGUGGUAACAGCAAGACUGCUAUGGUGGCAACAGUCAGCCCAGCAGCAGAUAACUACGAUGAGACCCUUUCCACAUUGAGGUACGCAGACCGGGCGAAGAACAUAGUUAAUCAUGCCGUGGUGAAUGAAGACCCCAAUGCCCGCAUCAUCCGAGAACUCCGAGAGGAGGUGGAGAAGCUCCGAGAACAGCUCACCAAAGCAGAGGCUAUGAAAUCACCAGAACUAAAGGAUCGGUUGGAGGAAUCUGAGAAAUUGAUCCAGGAAAUGACUGUCACCUGGGAAGAGAAAUUAAGAAAAACAGAGGAGAUAGCACAGGAGCGGCAGAAACAACUGGAAAGUCUUGGCAUAUCUCUUCAGUCUUCUGGAAUCAAAGUUGGGGAUAACAAGUGCUUCCUCGUUAAUUUGAAUGCAGAUCCUGCUCUCAAUGAACUUCUGGUCUACUACUUAAAGGAGCACACAUUAAUAGGGUCAGAUGACUCCCAAGAUAUCCAGUUAUGUGGGAUGGGAAUUCUUCCUGAACAUUGUAUUAUAGAAAUAACCUCAGAAGGACAGGUUAUGCUAACACCUCAGAAAAAUACUAGAACAUUUGUAAAUGGUUCUGCUGUUGUGGGUCCUACCCUGCUACACCAUGGAGACAGAAUACUGUGGGGAAACAACCACUUCUUCAGAUUGAAUUUGCCAAAAAAGAAAAAGAAAUUAGAGCAUGAGGAUGAAGAGCAAGAAAACUCCUUGGGGUGCAGCAACAGUGUCGAGCAGCUAGAUAUAGAUGGAGACAAUUCCAGUGAAGUGUCCAGUGAAAUGAACUUCAGCUAUGAAUAUGCCCAAAUGGAAGUUAUCAUGAAGGCACUCAGUGGCAAUGACCCGAUGCAGUCAAUCUUGCAGAGCGUGGAACAGCAGUACGAAGAGGAGAAGCAAUCCGCACUGGAGCGGCAGAGAUUAAUGUAUGAGCACGAACUAGAGCAGUUGCGAAGGCGGCUGUCUCCAGAGAAACAACACUUCCGCAGCAUGGACAAGUUCUCCUCUCACUCGCCCAGUGCUCAGCAGCGCUUACGCCAGUGGGCAGAAGAGAGAGAAGAAAUGUUGAACCACAGCCUGAGGAAGCUGAGAGAGCAAAUUGUUAAAGCUAAUUUGUAUGUGAGAGAAGCCCGUUUCAUCUCAGAGGAAUUGGACAAGAGCACGGAGUAUAAGGUCACUCUGCAGAUCCCAGCUUCAAGCCUUAAUGCUAACAGAAAGCGAGGUGCAGUUCUCAGUGAGCCUGCUAUUCAAGUGAGAAGGAAAGCGAAAGGCAAACAGAUCUGGUCACUGGAGAAAUUGGAAAACCGGCUGAUAGAUAUGAGAGAACUUUAUCAAGAGUGGCAGGCGUGCGAGGAGGAUGACCCAUUAACCAGGUCUUACUUCAAGCGAGCUGAUCCAUUCUAUGAUGAACAAGAAAACCAUAGUCUCAUCGGAGUGGCCAAUGUUUUUCUUGAGUCCCUGUUUUAUGAUGUGAAGCUGCAAUAUGCUGUCCCUAUCAUCAAUCAGAAGGGAGAGGUGUCAGGUCGUCUUCAUGUUGAAGUGGUGCGAGUGAGUGGAGCGAUUGGGGAGAGAAUCGUAGGAGGUGAUGAUAGCACAGACUGUUCGAGAGAGAACGACAUACAGGAGAACAAACUAGUUUGCAUGAUUAAAAUACUUCAGGCUACCGGUUUGCCUCAGCAUCUUUCCAACUUUGUGUUCUGCAAAUACACUUUCUGGGAUCAACUGGAGCCAGUUACGGUUGCCCCUGAGGUGGACCCCUCUUUAUCCCCCAUCAGCAAGGAGCCACAGUGCAUGGUUGUCUUCGAUCACUGCAAUGAGUUUUCUGUAAAUAUUUCUGAAGACUUCAUGGAGCAUCUUUACGAAGGGGCUUUGGCAAUUGAAGUGUACGGGCACAAGCAAAGUGAUCCUCGCAAAAACUCAGCCGUGUGGGAUUUGGGAAUAAUUCAAGCCAAAACCCGAAGCCUUCGUGACAGAUGGAGUGAGGUAACCCGAAAAGUGGAGCUCUGGGUUCAGAUUCUGGAACUUAAUGAGAAUGGGGAGUACUGUCCAGUUGAGGUGAUUCCCGCCAAGGACGUAAACACUGGUGGCAUCUUUCAGCUCAGACAGGGGCAGUCACGGCGAAUCCAGGCCGAAGUGAAGUCGGUGCAGGAAUCUGGGACCUUGCCUCUAAUGGAAGAAGCCCUACUAUCUGUUGGAGUUGGCUGUGUUCAAAUAAGGCAUGUCAAGUCACAAAAAGUUCAUGAGACUCAUCAGGAAGGAGAGGAUGAUAUGGACAGUUAUCAGGACAGGGAUUUGGAGAGACUGCGUCGGAAAUGGCUGAACGUAUUGACAAAACGUCAGGAAUACCUAGAUCAACAGCUGCAAAAACUCGACAGCAAACCUGAUAAAACAGAAGAUGAUACUGAUCGGGAGGCACAACUGUUAGAGAUGAGGCUCACCCUUACUGAAGAAAGGAAUGCUGUAAUGGUUCCUUCUGCUGGCAGUGGGAUCCCUGGAGCUCCAGCAGAGUGGACUCCAGUGCCUGGUAUGGAAACCCAUAUUCCAGUUGUUUUCCUUGACUUAAAUGCGGAUGACUUUAGCUCUCAAGAUAACCUUGAUGACCCAGAACCUGGUGGAUGGGAUGCUACUCUCACUGGGGAAGAGGAAGAGGAAUUCUUUGAAUUGCAGAUUGUGAAACACCAUGAGAGUGAGGUAAGCAAAAGCACAGGUUUUGCACAGAGCUUCCUGAGAAGAAUGUCUCACCGAAGUUCCAUUCCUGGCUGUGGAGUCACCUUUGAGAUAGUCUCUAAUAUUCCAGAGGAUGCUGAGGGAGCUGAGGAGCGGGAAGCGCUAGCAAGGAUGGCAGCUAAUGUUGAAAACGCAGCUUCGGCUGACUCAGAAGCCUAUAUUGAAAAGUACCUGCGGAGUGUGCUGGCAGUGGAGAACAUUCUCACCCUGGAUCGUCUUCGCCAGGAGGUUGCGGUGAAAGAGCAGUUAACGGGGAAAGGAAAACUUAACAGGAGGAGUCUGAGCUCUCCCAAUGUCAAUCGGAUAUCUGGAAGCCGUCAAGAUUUAGGUCCCCCGUACAACCUUGGCAGUCAAAAGGGUCGAUGGGAGAGCCAGCAAGAUAUAUCCCAAAUUUCAACACAUUCUGGGAGUGGGAUGACCCCGUCUCAUACAUCUUUGUCAGGCUCUGCUCAGCAAAACCAUUCUAAUGAUCCAGGACUCAGUAGCCUGGCUGCCUCCUACCUGAAUCCAGUAAAAUCCUUCGUGCCUCAGAUGCCAAAGCUGCUUAAGUCUCUCUUUCCUGCUAGAGAUGAGAAAAAGGGCAAGCAGACCUCUCCUCUUGCCCAGCAGCCUGUCCCACGAAUUAUGGUUCAGUCUGCCAGCAUUGAUGCCAGUGCUACAAAGUUAAAACAGAAAGCUACUUGCUACGCUCAGUCAAUUAACCAGGAAGGGGGGAAAGAACCAUUUGAAAUGGCCAGGCAAGCUACAGAGGCAGAAAAGAACCAAGAAAAGACGCCCAAAGUGCCUUCACAGCCACACACUGCAGAUAUUCAGGCACAGGACUCCCAAGAGGGCCCUCCAAGUCCCCUGAGUGAAGCCUCAAGUGGUUACUUUUCUCACAGUGUUUCAACAGCGACUCUGUCUGAAGCACUCACUGCAUGGAACGAAGCGAUUGUUCAGACAGGUGGUCAAACGUCUGCAGUGAGCAACAUCUCCCCACCCACCCCAGCUGUUCAGGUAACUUCUGCUACUGACAUUUCAAUGCAGACAGAGUGCGCUUCAGAGGGCUACCCUGCUGUUAAAAGAGAUAAUCAAGCUGCUUCUGACCUCAGCACUGCCCAUGUGAGACCUAAGGACAGCAGCGACGUGAAUGGUAAUGAGCAUCUAAAGUCCAAGUCCUUUGUCUCCCCUGUGACUCAGAGUGAAGAACUAGAUGUUGCCUCUAUAGCCAUUGAUGCGAAAAGCUACGUUUCUACCUCCAUCCCAAAGAAGGAGCUGCUGACCAAACAGCUAAUGGCUUCAACAACUGGAGAGUCAGUGGGACAAGCUGCCAGGAAAAAGGACCACACAAAGCCCGCCUCUACUUCAGAAUCGAGAGCUUCCAAACCACAGCUUCAGCCUGACCUCUUGUCCCAGCCCAGCGCUACAGCCUCUCCUUUCAAAAUCCAAAAAGUCAGGACAUCUGAGCUCAAAUCUUUUACAUGCAUGCUGGGGGGAGAUUCUGGGUGCUCUUCAAGCCCAGAGGAAGAGGAGAGAGAAAAGAACCGGGUGACUGCACAAGGGUUGAGCCAUAAUGGUGCGGAGACAGCUGAUGAAAAACUGGAAGCGGCUUCUGAUUCUGAAGAUGCCAAUGAAAUCCCGGAAUGGCUAAAAGAGGGAGAAUAUGUCACUGUUGGCACAAAUAAGACAGGCACAAUUAGAUAUGUUGGCCCAACUGACUUUCAAGAGGGAACAUGGGUUGGUGUGGAACUCGAUUUGCCUUCAGGUAAGAAUGAUGGCUCCAUUGGAGGAAGGCAGUACUUCAAAUGCAACCCAGGCUAUGGGCUCCUCGUGAAACCAAACAGAGUGGGAAAAGCCACCGGAGCAGCAAGACGGCGGAGUGCUGGGCUUAGGUUGCAAGGGGGAGCUACGCCCGAGAACCGGAAAAGCAACAAUUUCUCAGGCUCAGCCUCCAGCCUGACAUCACUGACAGCCCUAGCCAAAAUGGAAGGAUCUGCUCUCCAACCCGAGAAGAUCCAGAAGAAUGCAGAGAACAGGAAAUCUUGGGCUAACUGAAAGAGGCUUACAGGCCCCACAAGCUGGUUCGAAAAUAGCUUGUGAAGCUGUCACCGAAGUGGAUGUGCUUGCAACGUUAAACCAACCUGGUAAACUUAGCUCUGGCAAACACUAAAGAAGGGGUUUUUCUCUACUUUUGUUGCUGAUGUGUUAUAUCUUUGCCUUGUCAUGGUGAUGGAUCUGUGUGUUUAGGCUCCUGACGCAAAUUGGGACACUUCAUUGUGUGGCUUAUUUCAAAUAGUGAAGGUUGUGGGAGGGGGUUUAAUGGUGCUGUUUUUAAGUCAUUCACAGAAUGAACAGCCAGAUCAGUGAUUCAAAGUAUUGUAUGAGUUUCCAGCAGCUGCGAAAAAUUAACUGGAGUGAUUUCCCAACCCACAACAUCUAUACUUCCUUAAACAUGGUUGGCAGUUCUGUAAACAUCAAAAUACAGCAUGCAAGGCUCCAUCCUUUUGGAAAAGCUGUGUCUGUAUCAGGCAAUAAUGAGAAACGGAUACAGUUAUAAAGAAAGAAGUUAUAUUGCGAAGGAAACAGAACAAAAAUAAUCAACUUGGUUACAUGACCUGGAACCAGUGCCUAUCUUGAAUAAUGUUCGUGUCUUUCUACUCUUAUUGAAAUCAAUGGGAUUCUACCCUAUCAGUGGCUUUUGAUCCCUGUUUUUUAAAGGCAUAUUCAAAUUUAGUUAACCCACUAAAUAGAUUUUAGUUAUUAUUUUAACAGGACAUAGAAUCUGUUCACCUUCCUUUCCUCCCUGGACACACUGUGGAAUAUUGCUCUAGUUGUUUCUUUAGUUUGUCUUCAGGAUUUUUGCAAAGAUAUCAGCGUUCUCUAAAGUGCUACAGUAUUUAUAACAGCUUUUUCCAGUUCUGUCUGUACUGCCUGUUGGUGACGUACUCACAAAGAAAGAUGUGGGCACCAUGCACAACCUUCACUGGCAUUUGCAUUUUACCAGAUUUUGUAAAGUGAAGGCUUGUUGUUCCCCUACUGAAUGAUCCAGUUGUAUUUAUUUUUAUUUAUUGUUUUAAAAAAUAUGAAAUACUUGCGCUUCACAAUCGCCCACUGCCUGCCAUUGCACAUAGGCGCUCUAUUUAGCGUCAUACUGAAUAGCCUCCCUUUUGGAAAGGCUCCUGCCUAGCCAGCAAAACCCUCUUGAGAUUGCUCCUAAAAUCACUUUAUUGGAAUGGUUGCACAUUCUUCCUCAAAACUAACAUUUUUCUGGAGGGUGGGAGAACUGGGCUGGCUUUUGUUGUUUUUAAACUUGAUUUUAUCUUUGGUGACCUUCACUAGUUUUUAAUUUCCUGUGGCAUAUAUAGAUAUUUUCUAACAAAUUACGUAAAGAAAAAAAUAAGACUUAAUUGUACAGUAUAUACAGAGCUUCUUAUACUUUGUUUAGUAAACAUUGAGGGACUAGAAAUUUUGAGCAAUAGAUGUUUAUAAUCUAUGUGAGGAACAUUCAGGAUGCUAAAUUAAUGGUUAAAACUUAAUAUGUAUCCAGCCUCUCUCAUGCUGCACAGAUGUGUCUAAGUGCCUUAGCCAUCUGGUUCAGGUAUCCAAGGGAAACAUACAUUGUCAUCAAAGUAAACUUUAAAGGAGGUAGGGACGCUUAGUGCAGGAGAUAAUUAUGCUGAUUGACUGUAAUUAAUAUCAAUUUAUGCAGAAGGAAUAAAAAUUAAAAUAGAAACUAAUCAGUAGUUGGAAUAAAAUUUGGAAUGGGUCAGAAUACAGCAUUCUAAAUGCUGCCAAGCAUUAGUACAUUCCUAUCAGCAUUGUAUAGUUCUGCUCUUUUCUAAGUUUUCGUAAAGGAAUUUAAAUGUACAGGCAGAUUUUUAAGAUUUUCAUAAAUGUACAAUUUUUUUCUUCCCCUGCACAAAGCUACAACAUGGGUUGUCAGAGAGGGGUUUGCCACCCACUAGACUAGUGUUGGAAAGCUUUUUAUAUUUCUCUCCUUUCAAGCCUGAAAACAUGGGGAAAUUAGCAACAAAGACUGGAGAAGCUAAAUCCUGAAUUUAAUUUUAGGAAUAACUGUUUUUCAAAAACACGUGACCUGCAACAAUAACAUAAUUUAUUUUAUUAAUCAGUUUUAUAAUACUCUGCAAUGAGAUAGUACGCUCUAACCAAUGUAACUUCUCAUAAUACUGCCUGGCAUUAUAAAACUCUCUCAAAUCAUUUUUUCCAAAUGAGCUUCACUUUUAUUCUUCCAAUAUGGGUACAGAUGGCUGGCUACUGUGAAGCAUCUUCUUGAUUUAGCUUUUAUUAAUCUCAUCAUUUCAUUUAUUGAAUUUGGGAAAAUCCUAACUUGUCCUUUUUAUUGGUCCCUUAUUUGGAGCAUACAGUGUUGUGAAUGGUAGAGCCAUGUUUUCUAUUAACCCUCUAUUAAUUCCCUUUUCUCUUGCCCCAUCAUAUAUUACCGACAGGGUCUGUCUCUGUGAAGAUUUUAUAUGUUAAAUGAUUGAUCUUCAUAGAUUUGAUCCAGUGCUUUCACUAGUAUUUGGGGACCAAGCAAAGGGAAGCUGGGUGAAUAUUUCAUUAUUUAUUUUACCUAGUAUGCAUUCCUUUUUGGCCACGUUCACAUUGUGUUUCUGAUUGUGUAAACACUUUAGCUUGUGAGUGACAUUACUGAAGUGUUUGAAGGAUCAAGAUUUAGGGUAGAAACUCUGCCACCCACUAGAGCUUUGGCCUGGUAACCCUAACCUGUAUGAACGGGAUAUUUUUCCUAAUCGUGUUACAAAACUAUGCUACAAAAUAUCAGUAGGGUUAUACAAUAGCAGAAAUUGUGCUAGUACAGUGUGCUUUAAACAUAGUUGUUGCUAGCAUAUAUUCAGCCUACUUUGGACAAGGCCUUUCACCAGUUUUAGGAAUGCCCAGAGAGCUCUCCUCAGCAGUUCAUCUUGAAUAAGGAAGCUGUGUUUUAGUGACAGAACUCUCAGACUUCAGUAGAUGGUUAGGAUGAAAUUCUGGCUCCAUUGAAGUCAAUAGUCUAACAUCCAUUGACUUCAGUGGACCCAGGAUUUCACCCAUUGAUUUUUUUGUAUAUAGAUAGAUAUAGAUCUAUCUUCAUCACACUGAUGUUUGAAUUGUUCAAUUCCACUCCAGUCCCUGCCCCCAAAAAAUUUAAUCCAGGUGAGCUUUUUCCUACCCAGAUCAUUUCCAUCUUACAACUGCUGGUUAUAAACUCUUGUAAAAAAAAAAAAA